CCUCCUCUUCUUCAUCUUCAUCAUCUGUGGACGACCAAACAUGGACAUGGAAUAACGACCGCCUGACGCCUCCUCCUCCUCCUCCUCCUCCUCGCUCCUCAAAACAAACCUGGUGUCUCUCGACCAUCGCCGCUAAUGCCUUGCUGACUUGCACAAGAGAGCGAGAGACAGUAAAACAGAGAGAGAGAGAGAGAGAGAGAGAGGCUGCAGAUCUAUAAUCACCACAGCAGAGAAAAAACACUUAGGGCGAGCGAGGAGGCAGCCAUUCUGUUGAUGUUGCAACUUUGAAGAACCAUCAUCACAAUUUAAUAAGAAUUUGAAAAGCUGUAAUAAAAGGAGGGAGGAGCUACAGGCAACAUUUAGUUUUUAACUUUCCGACAUUCUGAACAAGAAGGCUCCUCCCCCCUCCAAACAUAAGGAUUCUCCAGGAAGGCUCCGCCCCCUCCAGACAGAAGGAUUCUCCAGGAAGGCUCCGCCCCCUCCGGACAGAAGGGUUCUCCACGAAGGCUCCGCCCCCUCCGGACAGAGAGACACUCGAUUAGAGUGAAAACGUACCGGCGUCCUCGAUGCGUCACUGCAUUCUUUUCAUGGCUUGACCUUUGACCCUUCAGCUGAACCCUUCCUAUGCCCCUCCCCCUCAUCAUGUCCCCCCCACUUCCUGUCGCGCUGCUCUGACCACUCGAGGCAGGAAACAAAGUGAGGGAGGAGUUAGGAUUGACUGGGCCCCACCCCCCUCCUCAUAGGCCGCCGAAGCUCAACUCCCAGUGCGUGGAUUUCCUCUGAUGCAAGAUGGCGGCCGGCGUGGCGACAUGGCUGCCGUUUGCGCGGGCGGCGGCGGUUGGCUGGCUGCCGCUCGCCAAGAAGACGAUGCCUAAACCUCCGGUGGACAACUCGUCCAGGUCUGACGAAAUUCUGUACGUCAACGUCAGCGGGGUCAGAUUUCAGACGUGGAAGAACACUCUGGACCGUUAUCCCGACACGCUGCUCGGAUCCUCGGAGAAAGAGUUUUUCUACAACGAAGACACGCAGGAGUAUUUCUUUGACCGAGACCCCGAGAUGUUCCGGCACAUUCUGAACUUUUACCGCACGGGAAAGUUGCACUACCCGAGACACGAGUGCAUCCAGGCCUUCGACGAGGAGCUGGCGUUCUAUGGCAUCGUACCAGAGAUCAUUGGAGAUUGUUGCAUGGAGGAAUAUCGAGACCGGAAGAAAGAGAACCAGGAGCGUUUGGCUGAAGAUACCGAGGCCAAUGAGGCCAUGGACGCCCCCCUCCCCCCACACAGCACGCCCAGGGAGCGUCUGUGGCGAGCGUUUGAGAACCCCCACACCUCCACCAUGGCUCUGGUCUUCUACUAUGUCACCGGCUUCUUCAUCGCCGUUUCCGUCAUCGCCAACGUGGUGGAGACAGUUCCCUGCCGGCCUCUGAAAGGCAGCGUGAAGGACCUACCGUGUGGAGAGAAAUACCAGCUGGCCUUUUUCUGCAUGGACACGGCCUGCGUGCUCAUCUUCACCUUCGAGUACCUGAUGCGUCUGUUCGCGGCGCCCAGCCGCUGCAAGUUCAUGCGCUCUGUGAUGUCCGUGAUCGACGUGGUGGCCAUCAUGCCAUACUACAUUGGCCUUGUGAUGCCCGAGAACGAGGACGUUAGCGGCGCCUUUGUCACGCUCCGCGUCUUCCGCGUCUUCAGGAUCUUCAAGUUCUCGCGCCACUCGCAGGGUCUGAGGAUUCUGGGCUACACGCUGAAGAGCUGCGCCUCGGAGCUUGGCUUCCUGCUCUUCUCCCUCACCAUGGCCAUCAUCAUCUUCGCCACCGUCAUGUUCUACGCCGAGAAGGGCACCAAGGGCUCCACCUUCACCUCCAUCCCCGCCUCCUUCUGGUACACCAUCGUCACCAUGACAACACUUGGGUACGGCGACAUGGUUCCCAACACCAUUGCUGGGAAGAUCUUUGGGUCCAUCUGCUCACUCAGUGGUGUCCUGGUCAUCGCGCUGCCCGUCCCCGUCAUUGUGUCCAACUUCAGCCGAAUAUAUCACCAGAACCAGAGGGCGGAUAAGAUGAGAGCACAGCAGAAAGUGCGUUUAGCUCGAAUCCGCAUGGCAAAGAAAGGAACAACCAACGCUUUUCUACAAUACAAAGAAGACAGAGCACUGGGGGAUCGGGACAGUGACAGCACGGCUCUGUGUGUGAAGAACAGAUCAGCGUUUGAACACCAACAUCAUCAUCUGCUGCACUGUCUGGAGAAAACAACGAACCACGAGUUCACAGAUGAGAUGACGUACAGCGAGCUCUGUAUGACCGAGUCCGUCGGCUUCAGGACGAGCCGCAGCACCUCCCUGUCGAGCCAGCAGGGGGCGCAGAACAACUCCACCGGCUGCUGCCCGCGGCGUGCCCGCAGACGAGCUGCCAUGCGUCUGGCCAACUCCACGGUGUCUGUGAGCCGUGGGAGUGUCCAGGAGCUGGACACGCUGCACAUGAAAAUCACCGCGAUACCACCGCAAACUCGCUCCAGUCUCAACGCUCAGCUCGAGGACCUGAAGCUAAAUUGCGGGGAACAGGAUUUCAGCGCGGCCAUCAUCAGCAUCCCCACGCCCCCCGCCAACACACCUGAGGAGAGUCUGCCUCCCUCACCCGCUCCCAUCCCUGGCAUCCUUAGAAACACCCGUGCCACCGCAUACACUCAUGACAAGAUCAAAGUCUCCUCCUUAUAACCUUCAGACCUCAAGCAGUAAGCCCCUCCCCCUCUCGUUGCUCUACCCUCCCUGUGAACGUCGAAGAUCCUGAGCAGCAGCUUCUGCUCCCUGAGCUUCUCACAUGUUUGCAGAUGUUUUAAAAAAAAACAAACCCGGGAACAGAAUAUUGUGUCAUGGAGAGAGAACUUGAUGGUCAUGAAGGUAGAACCAAAGUCCUUUAAACCCAGGCCCUCUGACCUUUGACCUUUGAACAGGUCGUCCGGCUGAUUGACUGGGUUCACUUUGCAUAACCACUGAACGUACAAGACGGAAUUGAAACGGCAGCUGAGGCUGGUGUUUAGAUCUGGACUCUUGAGGGUUUAGACCUGGACUAAGGUGUUUAGACCUGGACUCUUGAGGGUUUAGACCUGGACUAAGGUGUUUAGACCUGGACUCUUGAGGGUUUAAACUCAGAGACAAAGUGAUAAAAGUUCCAAGUGACUCUUCUUCAGCUCAGGUUCACUUUAUGAAAAUGCGACAACGGCGGCGACGAGCUGAACCAAACUGGAUUAAGUCCGUUUUCUAAAUAAGAGAACGUUUCUUCACUGAGAUCAGAUUAAAAGUGGUCUGAUCCGACUCUCACACGGGAAACUAAAGCCUUUUACUUUUCAAAAUAUGCAACACUGAAACAAACAGGACAAGAGCAUCAACAAAGAGCAGGAUAAUAAGAAUGAUAAUGAUAAUAAUAACGACAAUAAGAACAAUAAUAAUAAUGAUAUCAUGUAUUUAAAAGCUUCUGUCACUGCAGGGAACAAAAUGUAAAGCAAUUAAGAAACGACGCGUGAAGACAUGUUUCCCAAUAUUUUUCCAGAGAAAAGGAAACUGAAGUCAGGUUUGUCCCGGCGACGACGAUCGGCUUGUUUUCAGCACGUGGAUUAAAAAUGUUUGCUUUCUGCCUCCAGGGGGCACCUGUGUCACAACGAUAGUUAAGUUAGUUAGUGAGUCGUUACAGUCGUGAAAAAAAUAGGUUUUCUGCUCCUCAGUCAAAACAUGAAAAUAUAAUAAAAGAACACGACAAAUAAAUGUAAAUUAAACUUUUACACAAAGAAAUGUUCCAUCAAAUAAGAAACAGCAGAAAAUAAAUCUUUAAAUUUAUCAUCCACUGCAGAAACACUGUUUACGUCCUGUUUCUGGUCUAAUUACUUCCUGUAAACAACAGGAAACAUCAGAUUUCAUGUUGUUCAUGUUGAAUGAUCAAUAUAAUGUUUUAUGAUUCAUUUC